CGCAAGUAUUUAAUUUUCACAACCUCCUCCUCCACCACCACCACCAUUACCAUUUUCCAAAAUUUUCGAUACUUAAACCCUAGACACAUUCACAAUCUAUUCUACAUGGUUUUUUCCAAGAAACCCUUGCAAGCACAAUUGGCCUUACUCACAAAACUCAUAUCAAAUAUGGCUGCAUUUUCAUCUUCCAGGUACUUAUUGGCCUUCUUAUUGCUCAAUCUUCACCUCAAAGCUAUGGAUGCCGACCCCAAUUUAACUUUUCUUUUCAAGAAUUUUGGUAAAGACUCCAACUUUGAGUCACAGCUUGCCCUGUUUGGGGAUGCUAUGGUUGGUGGAGACAACUUUUCUGUUCAAAUUAGGGUUUCUACUGCUGGGAGGUUUGUCUGCAAGAAGCCCCUUAAUCUUGUUCAUGAAAAAUCAAGGCAAUUGGUGUCUUUUUCGAAUUACUUUGCAUUUUCCAUGUCUGGGGUGAAUGGCGAUGGUUUGGCUUUUGUGAUUCUCCCUUCUCAAUUUCCAUUGAAUGCUUUUGAUGGUGGAGAGAUGGGAGUUUUAGGAGAGAGGAAGAUGAAGUUUCUUGCAGUUGAAUUUGAUACAUUUAAGAAUGAAAAGCAUGGAGAUGUGAAUGGUAACCAUGUUGGGAUAGAUGUUGGUAGUCCUGUCUCUGUUAAAGUGAGAAAUGUUUCAUCAUUCAAUUUGGUGUUAAAUGGUGGAGAAAAGUUGCAAGCUUGGAUUGAUUAUGAAGCAAGUAGUAAAGAUUUGAGGUUAGGUUGAACAAAUUUGGUUUGAGUAGGCCACUUGAUCCAUUGCUCAUUUACUCCAUUGAUCUUUCCAAAAUGUGGGGAGAUGAAAAUGUUGUUGUGGGAUUUAGCUCUUCGAGUGCAAACUCGUCUCAGAGAAACAACAUCCACUCAUGGAGUUUCGAGUCAAGAAUCAUGCCGCGAUGGAUGCAUUCUGAACCCUUGGAUCCACAACAGUCUGUGGGUAAGGAAGAAGAGAGGAAAGUUCACACGGUGAGAAUUGUUUCCGCAUUGGCGUUUGGCACUGGAUGUGGAGCUUUGGGGGCAAUGCUCGUGUUGAUCUUGUGGGCUGUGUUGGGAGAUAGGCGCCCCAUUGUGCCAGAGGAGUUGGUCUCGCAAUCUAAGGAGUCGGAGUGCAAGAAGUUUGGUGUUUCUGUAGAUAAAACCGUCAAAGAUGGUAAGGUUUUAGGUGCUUGAUUUGCAGAGUAGAGAAAUAUGGGUGUUUUGAGAUUGUAAAUCCUCUGUUUUUAGUAUCUUGGUUGCCAUGGUGCUGUAAUUUAGUGAUCAGUCAUUUUAACAUAGUUUUGAUAGUAUAUCAGUGUAUGUUGUGAUCAUUGAAAUACAGCUUCAUUUGGU